GAGGCGGAGGGGAGGAGGGCUGCGGGGCUGGGGCGUUAGCUGCGUCCCGGCUCGGAGCCCGCGAAGAGGACUAGGAGGAAGGCGCCGCCGUGGCCGCGGCCGCAGUGCUUCGGGGCGCGACGAGCCAUGAGCAGCCGCCCGGCGGGCGACCCCGCUGCCGCUGGCCGCCGCUGAGCCCAGGCGGGAGACGGCUCGCCGCUCCCCAGCACCGUUCGCCGCCGGCACCCUCGCGCCCAGAGAAACAUGAUUCCGGUGACAGAGUUCCGGCAGUUCUCUGAGCAGCAGCCUGCCUUCCGGGUGCUGAAGCCGUGGUGGGAUGUGUUUACUGAUUACCUGUCUGUGGCCAUGCUGAUGAUCGGUGUGUUCGGAUGCACUUUGCAGGUCAUGCAAGACAAGAUAAUCUGCCUUCCGAAGAGAGUACAGCCUUCUCAGAACCACUCUUCCAUUUCAAACGUCUCUCAAGCAGUGGCCAGUACCACCCCACUGCCUCCACCAAAACCAUCUCCUUCUAACCCGGUCACUGUGGAAAUGAAAGGGCUGAAGACAGAUUUGGACCUUCAGCAGUACAGCUUUAUUAACCAGAUGUGCUAUGAGCGAGCCCUCCACUGGUACGCCAAGUAUUUCCCAUACCUGGUCCUCAUUCAUACCCUGGUCUUCAUGCUCUGCAGCAACUUUUGGUUCAAGUUCCCUGGCUCCAGCUCCAAAAUAGAGCAUUUCAUCUCAAUCCUGGGCAAGUGCUUUGACUCUCCCUGGACCACCCGAGCCUUAUCUGAAGUUUCUGGGGAGGACUCAGAAGAGAAGGACAACAGGAAGAACAACAUGAGCAGGUCCAACACCACCCAGUCUGGUCCAGAAGGCAGCCUGGUCAACUCUCAGUCUUUAAAGUCAAUUCCUGAGAAGUUUGUGGUUGACAAAUCCACUGCAGGGGCUCUGGAUAAGAAGGAGGGUGAGCAGGCAAAAGCUUUAUUUGAGAAGGUAAAGAAGUUCCGGCUGCACGUAGAAGAAGGUGAUAUACUCUAUGCCAUGUAUGUUCGUCAGACUGUGCUUAAAGUUAUAAAAUUCCUCAUCAUCAUUGCAUAUAAUAGUGCCCUGGUUUCCAAAGUCCAGUUCACAGUGGACUGUGACGUCGACAUUCAGGACAUGACUGGAUAUAAGAACUUUUCUUGCAAUCACACCAUGGCGCACUUGUUUUCAAAGCUCUCUUUUUGCUACCUGUGCUUUGUAAGUAUCUACGGACUGACGUGCCUUUAUACGCUGUACUGGCUGUUCUACCGCUCUCUGAAGGAGUACUCCUUUGAGUAUGUCCGGCAGGAGACUGGAAUUGAUGAUAUUCCAGACGUGAAAAAUGACUUUGCUUUUAUGCUUCAUAUGAUAGAUCAGUAUGACCCUCUGUAUUCGAAGAGAUUCGCGGUGUUCCUAUCCGAAGUGAGUGAAAACAAAUUAAAGCAACUGAACUUAAAUAAUGAGUGGACUCCAGAUAAACUGAGGCAGAAGCUGCAGACAAAUGCCCAUAACCGCUUGGAACUGCCUCUCAUCAUGCUCUCUGGCCUUCCAGACACUGUUUUUGAAAUCACAGAGUUGCAGUCCCUAAAGCUUGAAAUCAUUAAGAACGUCAUGAUACCAGCCACCAUCGCGCAGCUAGACAAUCUCCAGGAGCUCUCUCUACACCAGUGCUCAGUCAAAAUCCACAGCGCGGCGUUGUCUUUCCUGAAGGAGAAUCUCAAGGUCUUGAGCGUCAAGUUUGAUGACAUGAGGGAGCUGCCCCCCUGGAUGUAUGGCCUCCGGAACCUGGAGGAGCUCUACCUGGUUGGCUCUCUGAGUCAUGAUAUUUCCAGAAACGUCACCCUUGAGUCUCUGAGGGAUCUCAAAAGCCUUAAAAUUCUCUCGAUCAAAAGCAACGUUUCCAAAAUCCCACAGGCAGUGGUUGAUGUUUCCAGCCAUCUCCAGAAGAUGUGCAUACACAACGAUGGCACCAAGCUGGUGAUGCUCAACAACCUGAAGAAGAUGACCAAUCUGACGGAGCUGGAGCUGGUCCACUGUGACCUGGAGCGCAUCCCCCACGCCGUAUUCAGCCUGCUCAGCCUCCAGGAACUGGACCUCAAGGAAAAUAACCUUAAAUCCAUAGAAGAGAUCGUUAGCUUCCAGCACUUGAGGAAGCUGACAGUGCUAAAACUGUGGCAUAACAGCAUCACCUACAUCCCAGAGCACAUCAAGAAGCUCACCAGCCUGGAGCGUCUGUCCUUCAGUCACAAUAAAAUCGAGGUGCUGCCUUCCCACCUCUUCCUAUGCAACAAAAUCCGUUACCUGGACUUGUCCUACAAUGACAUUCGAUUUAUCCCACCUGAGAUCGGAGUUCUACAAAGUUUACAGUAUUUUUCCAUCACUUGUAACAAAGUGGAGAGCCUUCCAGAUGAACUCUACUUCUGUAAGAAACUGAAAACCCUGAAGAUUGGGAAAAACAGCCUAUCAGUACUUUCCCCCAAAAUUGGAAAUUUGUUAUUUCUUUCCUAUUUAGAUGUUAAAGGCAAUCACUUUGAAAUCCUCCCUCCUGAACUGGGUGACUGUCGGGCUUUGAAGCGAGCUGGUUUAGUUGUAGAAGAUGCUCUGUUUGAAACCCUGCCUUCUGAUGUCCGGGAGCAAAUGAAAACAGAAUAACUUAUUUUUGUUCAAAGUUUGACUGAAACAUGCUUCUACCAAAUACAGUAUAAAUAAUUAGGUAGUCUUAAUGCCUUUCCUACUUUAUUAUUAUUUUUCUUCUUUUUCGCACAAAACAAAAUGUACACAAAGAAUGAGUAAGGAGUAUGUAUUUUUUAAUAAAAAUUUAAUUGUAUUUUUUCAAUAUUA